AUGUCAUCGAAAACAAGAUACUAUCUGGAACAGGCUCUUCCAGAGGUGGACGAUCUGGUACAGAAGGGUCUCUUUACCAAAAAUGAAGUUAGCAGCAUUAUGAAGAAAAGAACGGAUUUUGAGCACAGGCUGAACUCCAGAGGCUCUAGGAUAGCCGACUACGAAAAGUACAUUGAGUUCGAGUCCAAUGUCGACAAGCUACGUCGGAAGCGUAUCGAGCGUAUCCUUGAAGGCUCCAAGACAAGCAGCAUAUCAGAUUGGUCGAUCCAACAGCGCAUACAAUUUAUUUUCCAAAGAGGGUGCAACAAGUUCCCCAAAGAACUGAAAUUUUGGUCUCUGUAUCUCAAUUACCUAAAGACCAGAGGUCACAAGACCUCUUACCGCAGAAUCCACAGCGUUUACAACCAGUUACUCAAACUUCAUCCAACCAAUAUAGAUAUUUGGGUGAGUUGCGCCAAGUACGAAUACGAAGUGCAUGCCAAUUUUAAAAGUUGUAGAACUGUCUUUCAAAACGGUCUACGGUUCAAUCCAGAUUCCCCCGCGCUAUGGUACGAGUAUGUCAAAUUCGAGCUCAAUUUUAUUACCAAGUUAAUCAACAGACGUAAGGUCAUGGGCCUCAUCAACGAACGUGAACAAGAGCUAGAUAUGCAAGCUCAACAGCAAGAAGCUAAAGCACACGAAGGUAGCGAUACUGAAGACAAGGAAGACACCGAGGAUAUAGACUUCGCUGGCCCUUCGACUGGCGACUCCAUGAAGGACAAGUUGAAUGAACUUCCGGAAGCAGACAUGGAUAUGCUUGGGGACGAAGACACGAACCCAGCUUUACGUGGUGACAUUGCGCUUGCAAUUUUUGAUAUUGCUAUGGAAAAACUUGGACAAAGCUUCUUGAAUAAACAUAGAGGGUACUAUGCGGUCGCAAACUCGGAGCCAGAUCACGAGCUCAUUUUAUCACAGGUGAACUAUUUGUUCAACGUUUCCUUGAGCUACAUUGCUCUAUUUUAUGAUUUUACCGAUCUACAGGGAGAUUACCUUACAAAUCAUAUUGUUCAAUACUGGAGAAAUAGCGCGCAUAAUGUCAACCUCGAAAAGGAACUGCCUGAAGUGUAUGUGAAACUUUUGGUUUUGGAGAUUACUUUGAACAUUAGAUUCAAAGACGUUGCUCAAUUGGAUGUCGAUCAGCUACAGUUGUCCGUUAACAGGUACAUUGCAUAUAAGGGAAAAGUUGGUGAAAGCAUUGGUAAACAACUCAGGGAUUCUUACAUCACUUUCCUUCAAGACCAGAUUCUUUCGAAGCUGAACGAGGAUGACCCCAGAUUCAACAUCAUAAGCGCUAUCAUUAAAAAAUUAUAA